AUGAUAGUGUGCGAAACAGACUUCUGGAUUCCAAAGAUUCCAACCUUUAACACUAAUUUAAACGAUAAAAUUUUACAAUUCAAAUAUAAAAUAGUUAAAUUAUUUUUGUAUUAUAUAAUAAAUACCAGUUUACAGCUUAGUGACGAUGUUCUUCAGAUAUUCAUGAAUCAUAUGUACAAUUAUUUUACCAGAAAAGAACAUGAUAAACAUGAACCUGAUGAUAAUUUAUUGUAUAAUAUGAUAAUAUAUAAUAUAUUUAUUAACAAACUGGCGUUUAAAUGUGUAAAUAAGAACUUUAAUAGUCAGAAUUGGGACACAAUUUUCAAAAUCACCUUAAACAAUGAUCUACAUAUUAUCGAUGAAAUGUUGACUAGUGAUAAUAUUCUAAAACAAGAAGGUGAGGAAAGUGAGGAUGAUGAUGAGUUCACUGAAUCAGCCAGUGAAGAAGAUGAUGAAGAUAGUGAAGUAAAAGAAGAUGAAGAUACUAAUUCAUUGGAGGAAGAAGAUAAGAAUGUUGAUGAGGAAGAGAAGUUUGAGUUGAGUGAAAAGGUGGUGAGAGUGGUAAAUUAUCUUUUGAAUAAUAAGAACAUGAAAAAUGUAUCAGACCUGAAAUUUAAGAUUAUGAUAAAGUUUGGAGCAUUGAAGAGGUCUUACAGAGCUGGAAACAAAGAGUCUGGAUCUGAACUUAAAUUUAUGGACGCUGUCCCAAAUGUGAGUAAGCAAUAUCUAAAAUCAUUAGUACUCUUUAUAAACAACUUGGUAAUACAUAUAAACAAGAGUUCAAAAUUAAAAGAAAAUAAACAAGUACAGGGGAAAUUAAAUGAAAUCAACCAAGUUGUUAAAACGUUAAAUAAUAAAGUUCUCAACAAGUAUUACUAUAAUAAAUUAAAUAUACAUGUCGUUAAUGGUAAGAAUAAAUUAAACAGAAUAAAAACAUUAGAGAGUAAAAUAUAUUCGUUAACCCUUAAUUCUCAUGAACCAAAUCACUACAACUGUAUUAUAAAUUAUCAAUUUGAGAUUGUUAAUUACGAUAUUAAUCACGAGUUGACUAAAAUUCUGAUCAUAAAUGAAUGUUAUAACUCUUUUAGAUAUUAA